CAAUGGUAUUUAACCAAACAAAAAAGUUUCAUCUAGUAAUUGAAAGAUGAAUAGAGGCGAACCUAGAAACAAACAUAUCCCCAAAUUACUCAUCUGCCAAAGAUGUCAUUGUAGGUGGGCAAAUAAAAAAGCUCUUAAAUAGCCUCAGGGAAAUUUCAAUAAACCCUAUUUCAAUUUGCUGAUCAAAAACCAUACCUGUGCCCAGUUUCAUCUUGUAAUUACAAAAUGCAUGUUUGCUCUGAGAAGUGCUAAAUCUGUCUCCACUAUAGGUAUUUAUCUCAGCAAACUACCCUAAAACCUUAAAAUUCUUAACAAUUAUUCACUGAGGUGUAACACAUUGGUUAAAGUUGUCAUGUUUCUUUUUCUGAGGUGUUGAUAGUUUGCUCAGAUCUCUACCCACUAAAGUACGCAGAAAACUUUGUGAUGCAUUGGAUUGCAAGACAGUCAUUGGCUCAAACUGGCAUCACUUUGCAGAUCAUCUUAACCUUUCCCAGGCUGUUAUGCAAAAGCUUGAAGAACAAAAUGAGAAAAUGAAAGAAAUUUUUGUCUACAUGCAACAGGAAGUGAUGAAAAUAGGUGAUGUUGUUGCAAUUCUCUUAUCUAUUCAAAGGAAAGAUUGCUUACAAUUUUUAAAAGAAGCUGGAGUUAAAGGACUGCCUGAUUAUACAGCAGGCAUCCAAACCCAGCUUUCACAACCUGAACAAGAACUGGCCGAAGACAAGGAAUUGUUAGGAAAUGCUGACCAAACAGAUAAUUGUCAACAAACAAUUUCCACGCAGGAGACAGAUAAAGGUUAUUUAAGUGAAGAAAAGCCAGAGAGACUAGUUUUAUCAGAGAAAACUUGUCAAAACUAUGUAGGUGAAGCAACUUUCACAAGAGAAAAUAGGCUGUCUCGUACCCAAAGUGAGUCAAAUGCCUAUAGUCACAGUAAAGAAAAUGGAAUGCAGGAAAGUUUAGGGAAGCAGACAGUAGACAAAAGUGUACUGCAAACUGAGGUUGUUCCAAGACAGGACACUGGAGCUUCAAAGGGAUUCAAGGAAGGAAGUAUGCUUGCUACUGAAACUUCUGGAAAAGUGCCUGGAAAUGAAAAGAGAUCCCAAAGUGAAAGCUUUUUGCUACUAGGAGAUAAUGGCAUUUUAAGUAAAACAGAUGAUGUUGAUGAAAAGUUAACUAUUGAUAGUAAACAAAGGCUGAAUGAUCAAGUAGAAACUAGGCAUAAAGACCAGCUAGUGCCUAGAGAAAGCUCGACAAGUAUGUUAGUUGGCUGUGCUCAAAAUUCCACACCAAUUUUCCAAGAGACUGAAGGGACAUUUGAAAAGGACCCUUCGUUGAGUUGUAUUGAUAACGGUUUUAAAUCGGACGAAGUAAUUCAAGGUACGACGCAUGGUUUUAAAACAGCAAAAACUGUGUCUUGUAGUCCUGACAAGUUGAAAGGGAGAUGUACAUCAUAUGUACUCACUCCCUAUGCUAUAAAUUCGAAAGACUUAAAUACCCAGAUCAGCAAUUCAAGGUUUGCAUCUAAGAUUGACCAUUCACAUGUCGUGUCAGAGCAACAGAAAGUGGCUUGUAAAGGAAGUCCAAGUGUAGACCUCCAUGAUGGAACUUCGAAUGAAGAUUCUUUGAUAUUGGAAGAAAAAAUCCCAAGGUGCCGAAGUCCACGUAAUGAAGGGAAAAAAUGGGCUAAGUCUCCUGCUUUCAAAAAGGAACUUAACGAAAGCUUUACCCAAGAAGAAGUAACAGGUAUCAAAGAUUCAAAUUCUGAUAAAGGGGAUCUUUUAGUUGCUAAAGAGGACUCUUCUAAAGAACUGAUCCAUGAAGAGACUUGUAGAUUUGUACAGAGCUCAGAAAUGGACACAACCUCUGCUUCUUGGCAAGAAACCGUUGAGACAGAGAAAGGCCGUAAACCAUUCUUUCGAGCUCAUCAAUGCAACACAAAUACUGCUGGUAAUGCUAUUCCUUGUGAAAACUGCGAAACAGAAUCAAGUAGAGAUGCUGUGGAAGAUUCAAGUGUCAAGAGCCACGAAGACUCAAACGUCCAACAUUCUGACAAAAUGCACAACCCAGUGCAGCAAUAUGUGUCUUGUUCUCUGUCAGCUCGUCGUGCAAUAAUUAUCGACAUUCACGAGUACCAGCAUCUCCCAAAAUUGCCAUCGAAUAAUUUCUCAAAGGAGCUGCAGAAAUCUCUCAAGGAUAAUGGAUGGUCAGUUGAACGCUUUGAAAAUUUGCAAAAACGAAAUCUGCUUAAUGCAGUUGAAAGUUUCAAGAAGAAUUGCGAAGAUACGUUUGCUUUCAUGUUUUACUUUGGACAUUCAGUACAGAUCCAUGGAGAAAAUUACAUACUACCCGUUGAGCUACAACCACUGCACGCUAAAACAAAUGGAAACUUGAAGAAAUAUGCUGUAGACCUCAAUAAAAUCCUGUCUGUGGUUGCCACGUCAAAGGCAAGCUGUGUAGUGGUCGAUGCUGGUAGACAACUCCCAGGCCUUUGUCAGAAAGAAGGAUUGGCUGGAAUAAAACCAAAACAGAAUCGAUGUGUGUUGUCUGCAGCACCUAAUGAUACUAAAAAUAGGUUCUUAGCCGAGCUGAUGUGUGAGAGCCUUGAAUGCCGUGAGAGGAUAUUAAGUGUUGCAGACCUCGUAGAGCCUUUCAGAAACGAGGUUGAUGUUUCUGCCAUGUCACGAAGACUUUUGCCAAUGCCAUUUAAAGUGCCAAGCCUUGCUGAAGGACGUGAAAAGAAGUUACUCGAUUUAUCGAGCCGUGAUGUUGAAAAGUACGCCUUCAUUUUCAAUGAAACUGGAACGAAGGAGGCUGUUAAUAUGCCGACCAAUUGGCUACUUCAUCGAUGCAAGGAUGAGAAAUCUCUGGAGGAAGAAUUUGCUUCUUUUCUGAAGUCAGUUAACGACGACUGUUUGAAGCUCUGUUUGAUGCACUAUCAAGGCUCCUCUUUUGUGGAAGAUGGACAGUUGUUUCUGGGAUCAGAUGAUCAAGUUAAGAAUGAAGAAUCUGUUUCACUAUCAUGGAUUUUGGACUCUAUGUCCGAUAAUAUCUUAGGGCCACGAAUUGUUCUUAUUGAUACAAUUGCAAAUAGUACCGACCUAGAUUCGAUGGAUCUUGAUCAAUUAAACUUACAAGAAGUUCUUUUGAUGAUUUUGCGUGCUCCUGUGGACAGUGCAACGUCCAUAAACUUCUAUCGCGAAUUCUCAGAGAUAAUUGGUGGAAAUGGCGACCUUGGAGCUGCGAUAACAGAACUUGGUACCAAACACGGUUUGAAAAUAAUUCGCAACAGCCUUUUUGAUGUUGGUAUUUAACUACAAGUUGUAGGGGGGGGGGCUUAUGGAUAAUGCUGAAGUAUUGUGACCUUUUGGGCUGGGGCUUUAAAUUAGGAAAAAUAAAUGGAUAAAUGAAUGGAUUAUGAUAUUACCUCUGCAAAAAAAGAAGAAUUAGCUUUAGCAAGGCUUUACAGUGUCAUUAAGUUACAGUGUUUUUAUUUUUAAAGCACAGAAAAGCAAAAACAUGGCACACUAAAACAACUUUUCUUAUUACUGAUAAUGCUUUUGCUGUUUGCUACUAAGGUUUGCCACACCUUUCAAUUUGGAUUCCGCUCUAUCCAUGCUAACAAGUUCCUGAUUUGUUCCCUUUUUCUAACGACUGUUUGCAAAGCAUUGUUUAAGACGCUAUUUUUCAUAUUAAACGAUAGUUAUCAAAGAUAGUUUUAAAGAAAAGAAUAAAGCUUGCCCUUCCUUUUUAAGUUACAGACUUAAUUUCGGUAAACCCAAGAAGCAAAUUAUUGUGCCUUGACAUUACUUUUUUAUACGGAAUGCUUGCCAAACUGAAAUGCUGUCAAGUCUUGCUUUUACUAACUCCGGUUAUUACGAACAUCUCGCUAUUACGAACUCAUUGUAAUGCUCCCUUUAUAAAGAAACCUCGGUAUGACGAACCCUGGGUAUGACGAACCCUCGGUAUGACGAACUCCUACUAUAAUGAACUUUUCUCUUGGUCCUCACAGUAUUCUUAAUGGCGGAAACGACUUUUUUAACCAAGUCCAUUGCUGGGAAGUCUUUUAAGUGUAAAGAGAUUUUUGGAAUACUCGCGUAUAGUCUUUACAUUUUUAUAGCUGUUACCCUUCAGUAUUUUAUACGUCACCGAAAAGGUUAAGAUUUUAUUGUAUAUCAACAGUAUGAUCAUCCCUAGAAUUUAUUGCUAUUUUUAUGCAGAGAGGGUGGUCUUACAAGGGGCAUAAUUAUGGUUUAAAAUUUGUAUUAGGUGGAAUGAUAGGCAAUUCCGAUAAAAGGGCGUUUCCUUCUUGGGUGUGGCUUAUAAAGGUAGUACUAAGGACAUCGUUUGUCUAAAUAAGGCUUUAAAAUCUGUGCAUCUGUCAAAAUUUUAGGCGACAACAAAGGGAAUUCGUUCUUCGACCUCUUGUAAAUAGAAGUUUUAAAAAUAUUUUGAAUAUACUUAAUGAUUUAUCAGAGUAAACGGAUUAGUUUCCGACAGGAUGUUGCUAGGAUGGGCUGCCACUCUCCCAGAAUAGCUCCCGAUCCUUCAUAGCUAAGCGUUGACCCGAAAACUUCAGGGUGGAUACGUAACAAAUAUAGCUUAGUUGCUAUAGUUACACCCGUUUCGAUACCCUUGUCCAUAGGACCCCUGUUUAAAGCCUGCAUGCAGUCCCUGUAGUUUUGAUUACAACAUUGAAUUGAAUCAUUGAACAAUGUAGCUUCCUGCAACGAUUCUGCUCAAUGACAUGAUUGGAACAGUAGGGGCUGCACGCAGGCUACAGUUUCAUGGUACCCCAUAUGCUGAAAGUCGAAUAUCAUUAGCUACAGCUACAGUGGCAUCUGAGGCAUUAAUGAAUAUUUGAGCCGGGGCCCCUAUUUAAAGGAUUACAAGAAAGUGCCACCCAAGGGUGUAGAGCAUGUCAAAAUACAUAGCAAGAUAUCCGAUUAUCGAACUAAGGUGCCCUAAACUGCGUCACGCCACUGAUUUGAUACUUGGUUCCCCAUUGCACUGGAACGAAUCCUAAUGAGCCGAUCUCUAACAGGAAUGAUUUCAAUCUUCACCGGAUCACGUGGGUCGGGGUUGCUGCUAUGAGGGAGGUUGAGGGCGUCAUACCCUGCCUGGAGUAUGGGUCGGUCGUAUAGUUGCUGCUCUUGCUGGGAAGUCGAUGCAGUCAUCUGCAACUCAAGGAAAUUUCGGCUUCACCGAUAGUUUGAUUUUCAAGUUUUUUAUGCGCAAAAUCUGUGCAUAAACAAAUCAUAUCAAGUUGAAGCUACUGUAUGCUGUAAAGCGUACAAUGCUAAACAUGGAAAAGAUAUGCAACGACGUUCCGGCAUAUUUCUUACCUCAAGACACCCUUAAUGGAAUUCAGUCGACUGGCCCUGGGUGCUCUGCUGUCAAUGCGUUUUUGGGAUCGGGCAGGUUCACAUUUUGAUCCAGUGACCUAUCUGUAUUCAUUCUGGUUCCGUUCCAGUGUUGACGGGUUUAGUAUUGAAACCCUAAAACAUUGAUAAUGAUACUUCGUGAUAAUACGUCGCUAUUAUAUUGGCUGAUAAAUUGUUGUAGCUAACAGGGCCCGUGCCACCGAUCCUAAAUUGGAGGGGCCAGCAAUGUAAAGGAAGUUUUCUACCCCCAAAAGGUUUAUCCAUAUAAAUACACCAAUUAGACUUACGACCUCGUUUUGGAAAUUUCUCCAAACUUAAUUAUACGACUUUUUUAAGCUCAGAUAUGAUUUUAUCGCCAUAAUUUCAGGUCGAAUACAAUUUAUCACAUUGUUUGAGCUUAUAUUUUAGAUUUUACGGAAAAAUCAAGUUUGAAAACCUGUAAGGGAUUUGACCGCAAAAAUCGUUUCGAGAGGAAACUUUACCCCCCUAGUUGCCAAUCACGGUCAAAUCCCUUAUAAAAUUUUCAACUUUAUGUCGUUAAAAAAUCAAUAUCGCCAGCAAUACCAGAAUGAAAACUUCGAAGUAGAUUAAAAUCAUUGCUCUCGAUCAGAAUCUGGGGUCUAAAAUUUUGUAUAAAAGAAUUUGAAGAAUUUUUCAAAAUGAGGCCGUAAGUCGAAUUGGUGUAUACUUUAGGCUGAUUUUAAUAUUUUGUUUAACGAAACAAUGGGGAUGCCAUGCUCCCCUGGCCCCUUUGGCGCAGGCCCUGCCUAAUGAGGCUCAUUGUAAGGAUUUCUGAUGGCAAAUAAAUAUCAGAAAACGGAUCCUAUCUAUUGGCUGCAUACGUCAGUUUACCCAGAAUGAUGCAUGCUAUGUUUCAAUGUAUCUAUUUAAUUUAUGUGAUUUCAUUGUAGCUUGUAUCUCGUCUGAAGAUAUUUUUUGUGUAAUUCUAUUCAACUAAGUUGCAAUUAUAUUAUAUCACGUAGAAUAGUCGUGUUUUUCAGUCAUCAAAUUUGUUAAAGUCUCAAAAUUUUGUUUCAAUUCUUCUUUGUGGACCUGUGUUGUAAUGAAAUUAAAGGUCAAGGGCAGGUUAAGCUCAAUUGAUCCCAUUUCAAUGUAGGGAAGGGCUUGUUUUUCUGCCAGUAGUAAUAGUUAAAAUCAUUUAUUAUUAAACCCUCGUCAUAAUCCCUAUCUAAGGUAACAACCUGAUGUUAAAUUUUCUUUCUUUGAGAUUUGUAGAUAGGAGCCAGAAUUUUGCGCAAGUCUACCUUCGCAAGCCUUGUGUUUUCUCUUCUGUGCCCCUGCGUUAUCUUGUUCGGGAAAUAUAGCCUAUGCACUUUUCAAUAGGCUGUUAAAAGUAAGGGGUGCUUUUUCGAAGCAAUACGGUAGCUGCACAAUGUAAUCUAGUAAUGGUUCUCCAGAAUAUCGAACAGAAAUAUUUCAUCGAUCUUCAAUUUCUCGCAAUUUCUCAUAUCAUAUUCACCAAUCUAUGUUUACAAUCUACGUCUGUUUUCUACACUUUGUACUCUGAAUCUGUUUACCGAAAAAAUGAUUACUCCAAAGCAAGUCCCAAUUACAAAAUGCAACAAAGAAAGGUAUUAAUAAGUUAAACAUUAGUAUUAUGUGAUUUGCACAAUUGCUCUGCAGCUAUUGAAUAAAAUCUCAAGAUAAAAUGACAAGCGUAAAUGAAUGCAUAUUUAAUUUUCCCUCCCUUUUCAUCCUCAUCGUUUACAAGGCCGUAGCAGUGAACAUCAGUGGACGUGAGCUUUUCAUCGAUCUUCAAGCCUUUAAAAUGUAUAUACAAAGUACCUGAGCGCAAGAGAAAGUGUACAAUUGUAGUUAUUUUAAGAGAAAGGAGGGAUGCAUUCUCUCUCAGUGGAAUUUAGCGCUUUCUCCCGUUAGUAACACAAGCAUCAAUGCCGACAGAAACGAUUUCAACAUUGGCUUGUAAAGGUAAGUUCAUAUUUGUUAAUUACGUGGAUAAAACAACUUUUAAGGUUUGAAAACUCCCGUGAUCUCAUCCCAGUAUGCCACUGUUGUCGAAUAAAACCAAAAUUUUUAUCUUGGUGUAACUAAAAUCGCAACUAGUAAAAAAAAUUUCUGACUUGACGUGUCAACUGAAGAUAAAAACGAAUAUCUUUUUUAUGGUUUACAUAAUUCUAAAGUAAUACGUAAUUAAAAGUAAAAUUAAAGAACUAUGGAAUAUUUGCAGCUCUAUCGUUUUAUCUUGGUAAUUCCUACUUUCUGACUGAAGGAAAUUCCCAGGAAAUAUUUUCAAGCUUUCUUUUAUCAAAGUGUCGCAUAAUUUCGUCUAUUGUAAUGUUGACAUGUAAUGGGAAAGUUUUUGCAAAUUUUUGAAAUAGCCUUUAAAUUGUAGCUCGAAAUCAAGCUUUUCAAAUUUAAAAGGGAGCCAAUAUGAAAUGGAAGAGAAAAUAAAUGAAUCAAGCUUUAACAAAACCAUCAACAUCAAAAUAUCAAAAGAAUCACUGUCAACUCAAAAUGAAAGAUUAUGCAACAAAAAUUCUUCAUUUCUCAUAUUCUCAAAACUUUUCUUUCAAGCAGUUUAUUUCCCUUCAACAGUUUUUUGAGAAAAAACGAAGUUUAGGCUCUAGAAAAACAAGACUUCAUCAUUUGGUGCAGGCAACAAAGUCUUUCUGAAUCCGUUUUCUCGAUCUAUUCUCUUAGCCAAGCUGUUACUCGUUGUACCACUUGGACAAUGACCGACCUUUUUGACCAAAUUCCCAUUUUAAAUUUUCUGUUUGUUUUCUUUGGUAAAUAUAUAGCUACCAAGCUUAAUCUAAGGUUAUUUUAAAAAUAUUACUAAGUACACUUACUUACAGAAUAGUAGCCUAGAUUUCUUUCCACUACGCCUGAAAAAUCAUUUUGCUCUGCAGAAAAGUGGAGGGGCCAUGGCCCCCCCCCCCACCCCCCUGUUUCUCUGGCCCUGCUAUUAAUAAAAAUUCUGAAGCUAUAAUGGUCCCUAAUGCUUUUGGGGCCACACAGAGCAGCUCGUAUGGUGCCAAACAAGUAUUUUGCAAAGGGGAGGAAACCUGUUUAGUCUUUUAUCAUUCUUCUUGCAUUUGAAACGACCAAUCAGAGAAAGGGAUUUUGAAUGGGCCAAUCACUGUCGAGAAGCCAUAACGUGAGCGGUUCAACAUUUGUAACAGUCAGGCCAGGUGUCUUCAUGUACAAGAAGAAGUGGCUUUCAGUCUCAAAUACCUGAAGAAAAAGUAAAGCUACAAACGACCUCAGAGCAAAUAUGAGUAAAGAAAGUAAUGUCAAAUCUGUUGUGGAAGAAGUGGAAAAUGGUGAGGAAUUGGAGGCACCCUCACCCUCAAAAAAGAGGGGUAGACGCAAGAGAGAAGCAGUAGUUGACACCGUUGAGGAAGUUGAAGAAACUAGUCCUCCAAAGAGAGGACGUGGAAGACCAAGAAAAUAUCCUCCAACUGAAAAGAAGGUACCCUCUGGGCGCCCAAGGGGGCGUCCAAAGGGGACAGGUGGACCUAAAGAUCCUGCAGAUGUCCCACUGGCAAGUGAAAAGGCAAAAAGUGGCAGAAGACCAAGAGGACGACCAUCAAAAGGAGCCAAAACUGAUUAGGAAUAAGUUGCAUUCUGCUUAAUGUGGUUCUAGUGGGAAACUUUUGAUCUUGCUGUUGUUAGAUUUCUUGGCUACAAUUGUGUAAAGAUGUGGUUAAGAUUUGUAUGACUGAAAGCAGUCCAGUUGAAGAAUGGAAAACAUUGAAUCUCUUGACACAACAUGAAUAUAAAAGUAACAACUUAGCACCUAAACGUUUUUUUUUCAAAUUAUUUAAAGUACAUACAGGAAGGAACAUAUAUAAAUUUUGUAGUCAUAAAGGUUUAUACAUUUAUUUUUAAUUGUAUUUUAUACUUUUAGCUAUUACUUUGAAGUAUGUUUUCUGUUUCAAUGUGUUCAGCAUAGUAAACAGGUGUUUUAUGGAGGUGGAAGUAGUACAGAAAUCCAUUCCUUGCUUGUCAAAGUAAUUGUUCAAUGAAAUACCCUUGUUUACUAAUGAAACUACACCCCCCUUGUAAUCUGGGUAGCCUUGGUUUUUUCAACUUUAAAAAGAUCAUAUACCAUCUAUAUAUAUAUAUAUAUAUUCCAUGUACAUAUUCCAUUGUAAGUUCAAGAAAAAAACAAUUAGUGGAUAAUGUUUUAACCAUUGUGAGUAAUAUAUUUACUACUGGUAUCUUUCCUUAGCUUUGAUGACUAUUAACAGCAGAAUCCCUAUUGGCUACUAACAUUAAAACUGUUGUAAUGAUUGAUACUAUUAUUAAGCAGCAUUGUAAUAUAUUUGUAGUUUUGAAACUGAAAGUACAUUUUGAAUUUAAACCAUGAUGUUUUCUACUAACCAGCUGACCUUUUUAGUUUUAACUUUGUGUGUGUCUUGUUGAGCUAUUUGAAAGUUAAAGCAUGUAAGUAGGUGACAACUUAAAACAAUUUCCUUUUGAAGCUAUAGACUUCUGAUUUUA